AUGAAUAUUACAUAACUAGAACUCUUUAAUCAAGCAUGUCAUUAAUAUAAGGGUAUGGUCAUUUCUUCUGAUUUCAUUCAGGCCGUUCUUCUAAGUAGAUAUCAAAUAACUCCUGCUGAAUUUUUGAGACCAUUUUUACCUAGAAAAUUGUAAAAAUUGAAAUUGGGAUUAAGAGAGAAAGAAAAAGAGCUUAAUAUAAAAUUAUUAGAUUUAAAAGAAUAUGAUUAGAUUGGUAAUGUGAAGUUAGAUAAAUAUUCACGUUUAUUGUUGGAAGAUGCUUAAUUUGUGGAUCAAGUUUAAAUUUCAAGAAAUUGUAGUAAACAAGUAUUAGAUCAAAUUUGUGAAUAAAAUAAAAUGGCUGGAUUUUAGUAAUUGUAAUAAGUAAUAGGAGAUUGCUUAGGAUACUAAUAUCAUUAUAAUUUUUUAGAUCAUCCAAUUAUAUUAUUUUAUGUAGUAAGUGGAUAAGAGAAAAAUUUAAUAAAUGAGAUCCACAAAAUAAGAAAUGAUUCAAAUAAUUUGAUAAAGAUAAUUUUUAAAAAUAAUCAAAGCGAUUUAGAUAUGGUGAGUAAAGUCAUAAUAAUAUUGAAUGAUGCUUAGGAGGUAGUACAAUAUGAAUCGUUAGAUUUGAUUAACAGAGAAUUUGGUAAAUUCAGAGCUUAUGCUUUGAAGUAUAAUCUACCAAAUCCAAUAGAGUAAACUCAUUGGUCCAGAUUUGCAUAUCAGAGAUAUAAUUAUGAUGGAGAAGUUCCUAAGAAUCCUUUAGGAAUAUUAGAUGAAUAAUGGACUAAAAUAUAUAGAUAAAUAAUUGAAGAAGUCGUGUUAUAAUCAGCAGUUGUGAUGUUAGAGAGAUAAAUUAAUUUAUAGACAUAACAAUAUUUAGAAAUGAAGUAGAAAACAUUUGAUACUUUUUUUACAAACAUUUUUACUACAAGAACUGGAUAACCUACUGAAACUGAAUAUAAGAUGACUCAAAGAGAGUAACUAUUAAGGUUUUUGGGGGAUAAUCAUUAUUUAAUGAAUGAUUAUGAAAGUGCUGCUACUUAUUAUAAAGGAUUAAUAUCGGAACUUAAAAAUAAUAAAACAAACACCACUAUUGCUACUUUGAAUGCAACUGAAUAUUAUUUGUAUUCUCGCUUAUUAGCUUAAUAGAAAAUAGAUAAUAUUAAGAAUAUUUUUGAUGAAAUCUAGGUUGGAUAUCAUAAAAUAGUUCAUUUCCCAUAUAUGUUAAGAGUAAUGUUUUUUUAUAUCAUAACAAUUCAUAUGUUUGGAAAAUAUAAUAGAGAAUAGAUCCUUUUUCUUUAGAGAUUUCACCGUUAUUUUAAAGAUUUAGGAAGUAAUACAAAAAAGGAUUAUUUCGUAGUCUAUUAAAUUUUAGUUUACGAAUAAAUUGCAUUUAUUCAUUUAAGAUUAGAUCCUCCAGAAUUUAGAAAGUUUGCUCAUAACUUAACUUUAGUUGCUAAUAAAUAUGAAUCUGAAAAUUUUAAAAAACAUGCAUUAAGAUGUUUUAAAAUAGUUGAACAAUUGUAUUAGCAAUCUAAAUGGGUUCCAUUAUUAUUUUGGUUGGAAGGACAUAUCGGAGCUAAUUGUUUGGAGAAUAAGAAAAUUCAAGAAGCUAUUGAUUCAUUUAAAUUGGCAUUCAAUCAAUUAAAUGAAAGAUAGCCAAUAGAAUUACAUAAUCAAUUAGUUGUUGAUUGGAAAAAAGCAUAUACAUCUAUCGAAUAAUUGUAAGAUCACAGAAAAAAAUAUUUUACCUAAUCCAAUACUAAUUUAAAAAUUCCAUAUAUAAAAGGACCUGUAGAUAUGUUAAGCCAUGGAUAAGAUGUACUUGAUUCUAUAGUUCUUACUAAUAUCAAACAAAAAUUUAAGAAUUUAUGGAAUACAGUUUCAAAAAAUGAAUCAUUUUUUGAAGAUGCUUCUAUCAGAAGUUUUGACUCUCUCUAUUUGGAAGAAAGAAUUGCAUGUUUCAAUAAAACUCCUUGUAUAAUGAAUCUUGAAAAAAUAUCAGACAUAAUCGAAAAGAUUAAUAAGUUUGGAAGACAGUGUUUUGCUGAAGAUACAAUAACUUUAAGGUUUUUCAUAAAUUUACCUUUGAAAGUACCUAGUUAUAUUAAUGGUUUAUAAGUUAUGUAUCAAUUUUACACAUUAAAAGAGAAUCUUUUGGAUUUGGAUAUAAAUAAUGAGAAAGAAUAUGUACUAACGAAUAUAACAAGUUUAGAAGUGAAAGAUAUUCCUUUUUAGAGAGCAGUUCAAGAAUACAUAGAGGUUUCUAUAACACCUCCAUAAGCAGGAUAUUUAAUAAUAACAGGUUUGUAAUGGAAUUUCAUAAAUAUUCCUGCAUAAUUGUUAAUUAAUUAUGAUGCAAAAGAUUAGUCAAAAAAGAAGAGUGUAAAUUUCUACAACAAGUUUAAAGUGUUUCCUAAAUUUAUUCCAAUAGAUAUAGAGUAUUAUACAAAACCGGUGAUAGCUUAUGGUGAAAUAAGACCAAUUCUAUUUAAAUUUACAAACAAGAAUCCUGAGGAGAUUGUAAUUCACAUAACUCCAAUUAUUCCAUAUCAUUUUGGUUUUGAAAAUAAGAAGAUAAUUUUAAGUGCUUUUUAAGUUUUGGAAUAUCAAUUUUAUUUGAGAUGCAGCUUUUAGGAGGAGUUUGUAGGAUAAUUAUUAUUUAAGUAUUAAUAAGGUUAGAGUGGUGGAAUAAGAAUAUAAAAAUUAGAGAUUCCAAUGAAAGUGGAUCCAAGUUUCAAAAUAUCAUUGUAGUCAGAUCUAAUAGUGGAUUAUUGGAAAUUUACUUUAUAAGUUUAAGAUUAUUUUGGAGGGAAGGGGAAUCUUAGAUUCGAUAGGAUUCUUUGCUUGAAUGAGAAUUGGAAAUACUUUGAUAUUCCUUAUCAAUCAAGUGGAGAUCCAUUUUUAUUGACAACAUUUAAGUUAAAGAAAAUAUAGACAAAGGAUUAUAGAUAUGAGGAAUAUCAAAAUAGAUUGAAAGAACGGUUUUAUAGGGAAGGUGAUAAUUUUAAUGAGAUUGUUUUGGAUGAUUAAGGAAUUCCUGGAGAUGUUGCAUUAGACUUUGUGAAUUUGGAUAUACAGCAUUAUUUCAAUGUUUUCUAUCAGAAAUUGUCUAAUUAGAGAAUGGAAGAAUUCCCUCUUUUUAUAAUAGCUAGAUGGACUUAUAGAUAUGAGGAUGAAAUAAUUUAUGGAUUACAUGAAUUACCAGUUCUACAAUAAAAUUAUUUACACAGGGAUGUUAAGGAAUUUCCAAUGUCUUUUUAAAUAUCUGCUCCAUUUGAAGUUUAAUAGUAGAAUAUGAUAACAAUGGUUCCUAUUAAGAUAAGCUUUAAAAAUACAAAAUAUGUUGAGCCAAUAAGUUUUACAGUGACAUUGUUUAAUGGGGAUGAACCUUUGAAGUACAAUAAUAUUAUUAAUAAGGUCAAUUAAUGACAUUUAAUAGCCAUUCUUCUUAUGGGAAGGUAUUUUGCAACAUCAAAUUACAUUGAAACCUUAGGAAAUGAAAAUUUUGAAUUUGGAAGGAGUGUUUACUGAGAAAGGAGUUUAUGAUUUGAGCAGAUUUAGGUUGACAAUGCAUAAUAAAUAAUAAAACGAGUAUUAUUCAAUUGAUCAUGAAACAGUUAUAAUAAAAAUUAUAUGAGAUUUAUU